AUAAGUGGCGAAUUUUCGUUGCAGGAUUGGAGGACAUCGGGAAGAGAAUGCAAGCUGCGGUACGGAAACGUCAAAGCAAUGCACCUCGGUCGUCAACAAACCCCAGCCAACCAGAGUCCAAGCCAAAAGGGUCAUCAAUGAAGAGGCCACAGUUCCACUUUGACCUGUGGUUCUAUCUCACAGUACAAAACUGGAUACUGGACUUUGGAAGGCCCAUUGUAAUGAUCAUUCUCCCUCUGGAGUGGUUCCCCCUGAACAAGCCCAGUGCUGGAGACUACUUUCACAUGGCCUACAAUGUCAUCACGCCAUUCCUACUGCUCAAGCUGAUUGAGAGGAGUCCCAGGGCCCUGCCUCGCUCCGCCGUGUACCUGAGCAUCAUCACCUUAGUGAUGGGUGCCAGCAUCCACCUGGUGGGCGACUCCAUCAACCAUCGUCUGCUGCUGAGUGGCUACCAGCUCCACCUGUCUGUCAGAGAGAACCCCAUCAUCAAAGACCUCAAACCUGCUACACUGAUUGAUUCGUUUGAGCUUCUUUAUUUUUAUGAUGAACAACUGGGACAUUUGAUGUGGUAUAUUCCUUUCUUCAUAAUCCUCUUCCUCUACUUCACUGGCUGCUUUACUCACGUCAAAGAGGAGAAGACGAUGCCCCUGUCUGGUUGGCUGCUACUCGGACCCAGUGCCCUCUACUAUUGGUACUUGGUCACAGAGGGUCAGAUCUUCCAACUCUUCCUCCUCACCUUCCUAGCUAUGGUAGCCACGGUGAUCCACCAGCGGCAUAAGGGCUCUGUCCCAGACGCCAAUGGCCUCUUUCUGUUGGCCAGCUUCUCUGUCACCAUGUUCCUGGUAGCCGUGUGGGUGGCCUGGCUGUGGAGCGACCCGGUGCUGCGUAAGAAAUACCCCGGUCACCUGUACGUCCCCGAGCCCUGGUCCUACUACACAUUGCACGUUAAGGACAGCCACUGAUAGGAGUGACAACAGAAUUGACAGGUCUGAAACGUUCCUGCUACAGAUAAAUGGUCUAUCCGCUCCCGAAUGACAUCAUCAGCAAGCGCCACAUGGAGUGUGGAUCGAGCACAGUGUUGUGCUGCAUUCUGGGACAGGCCCUUCUUUUCUACAGUUGCACCUCACCACUCCCCCAACCCCAACCCCAUCCACAUGACAAUGACCAUCUUACAGUAUGCAAUGUUACAGUAUUAAUUUAAAAUGAGACAAAACAAUGAACUCAAAGAAAGGUCAGUGUUGGAUGUACUUGAACAUCAUUGUAUUGCUUCAAGUAAGUUGUUUGAACAUUUCAAUAUCAGAUAUUUCUAGUAAUAAAUGUUUUUUACUCCA